CAAACAAACAGACCCCUUUGGAAUUUUAUUCCCAAAAAGUCCCUUUUCUCUCUUUCCCUCUUUCUCCCUAGAAAAAAGAAUCCAUUACUCAUUCAAAACACUCUAUACAUUUCUUCAAAUUCCGCCAUGUUCAACGAUCAACUACCACCACCGGGAACUUCCAGUGCCACUCAUGCCGGAGACGACGACGGUCAAAUUCGCGAUAUCCACGCUCUAACCUCGCCGCAACCACCACCGGCGACGGUUAAUCGAAACCGCCGCGGAGAGGCUUGGGAAACGACGAGCCAGAGAUCGACUUCAAUCGUUAGCGAAGGUAGCAGCUCCAGUGAGAACUUCACCUCCAUGAGUCGAGAGUUCAAUGCUCUGGUUAUUGCUGGUGCGGAGAUCGGCGAUGGUUAUCGUCAUGAUCGAUCGAUUAACGAAGCUCCGAAUAACUUGAGCCGGAUCGGAGAGGAAGAGGAUAAUACUAUGCCUGAGGUGGAGACAAAUCCGUUAGCGAUCGUACCGGAUGGCCAUCCGUUCGAUGAUCACUUAGCGCCGUCGUCGGCGAUCUCGAGACAGGAGAACGGCAGCGGCGGUGGCGCGGCGGCGACUAGAGAGAUUUCGUUGCAGAUGGUGAAGAAAGAGGAGGUGGAAACGAAGAUUAGCGCAUGGCAGAACGCGAAGAUUUCGAAGAUUAACAAUCGGUUCAAGAGAGAAAAUGCAGUGAUUAGUGGAUGGGAAAGGGAGCAGGUUCAAAAGGCAUCUUCAUGGAUGAAGAAGAUCGAGAGAAAGUUGGAAGAGAAGAGAGCAAAAGCAUUAGAAAAGAUGGAGAAUGAAGUAGCAAAAGCACAUAGAAAAGCAGAGGAAAGAAGAGCAUCAGCUGAGGCAAAGAGAGGAACAAAAGUUGCCAAAAUCAUUGAAAUAUCAAACUUAAUGAGAGCAGUUGGAAGGCCACCAGCUAAGCGCUCGUUCUUCUAAGAACAUAUUCGGGAGUGAUUCUAAAAUAGUUAAAAUCAUCUUUAUCAUUUUCAAAAUCAUUAUAAGAUAUGGUUUUAAUCAUUCAAAAUUUAAUGAUAUGAAAAUUACAUUAAAAAAUGUAAAAUUUCAUAUCAAAUUAAUUUUGAACGACUAAAAACAUGUUUUAGAGUGAUUUUAAAAAUGACAUAAGUGAUUUUAACGAUUUUAAAAUCUUUCUUUUCAUCGAAUACUCAUCUUAAAAUCCCAAUGGAUCUGUAAUUAAUUUAGGAGAUGGACAAAACCCAUCUACAAAGAGUUAGAUUUUGUUUUUAUUUUUUUUUUCUUGCAACAAAGGAAAGAUAUAUUAUUAAUACAUUAUAUCUCUCCCAAAUAUCAAAUAUCUUAGUUUCAAGUUGGUUUUAGUGUAAGGAACUUGUAAGUAAGAAAUGGGCAUUGAGUUUGGGUGUAUGUUUUUAUAAACAUUGAUUUUUCUUUUUUGGGAUAGUUUUGCUUAUUAAGUGUGUUUUUAUGAGAUCUUGUAAGGAAUAAGUUAUGUCCUUGUUGAUCU